UUAAGCCAAUUGUUGCUAACAAAAUUUGGCUGUUUACCGGGUUGCUAGGCAACACAAAGCUGGCACAUUUCUUUACUCCCCUUCGAAUAUGUUAGCCUGUGUAGGAAGGGGUUUGCAAGAUGGGAUUUGUAAUUGUUUGUAUUUAUAUACAGUGCUUGUUUGUGUCGUUUGUGUGAGCUGCCGUUGUUCGCACGAGGUUUAGGGCUGCCCGGAAGUUUUUUUUUUUAAAGUAUCGCUUCUGCCGCUGAAACCUAACUUUCCUUUGGGAAUUUAAUAACCUGCAGAGCCUUUAUAUCAGUCCCAGGCCGUCAUAGUUGCACAAACGAUCACUGCUGACCCAGCGUACCCGUUUCGCCCCAGACCAGCACGAUGGAUCUGAUGCCGCUGCAGGCCAGCCAGCCGUUCGACCCGUCCAAGUACCGGUAUACGGGCCCGAAUGUGCAGCCGCGUCAGCUGCCCAACACCCGGUCUCAGGCGCCCAUCACCACGGGUACGUCUGUGAUCGGACUGCAGUUCGACGGCGGUGUGAUGAUUGCCGCCGACAAGCUCGGCUCCUACGGCUCCCUGGCGCGCUACCAGAACAUCGGGCGGCUGAUGCGCGUCAACGACCACGUCAUCCUGGGCUGCACCGGCGACUACGCCGACUUCCAGUUCCUGCGCGACAUCAUCGACCAAAAGAUGAUCGACGAGGAGUGCCUGGACGACGGGAUCGUGACGCGCGCGCCGGCACUCCACUGCUGGCUGACGCGCGUUCUGUACAACCGGCGCUCGCGCUUCGACCCGCUGUGGACCACAUUCGUGGUGGGCGGCCUGGACGACGACGGUAAGCCCUUCCUGGGCUUCGUGGACAAGCUGGGCACGGCGUACACGGCGCCGCAGAUCGUCUCCGGGAUGGGCGGCCACCUGGCCACGCCGCUGCUGCGCGAGAAGAUGGAGGGCCAGCCGCCGCUCUCGGAGGAGGCCGCCCGGGAGCUGCUGAUCCGGUGUAUGACCGUGUGCUACUACCGCGACUGCCGCGCCUUCUCCAAAUUCCAGAUCGCCACUCUGAAGGCGGGUAGCAUCAAGAUCGAGGACGACCUGGAGGUGAAGGGCGACUGGGAGGUGGCGCACUUCAGCAAGGAGCACGCGUAGGCGGCCGGCGGGACAGCUGGGACACGGGGUCGGGUCUGUGGGGCGCCACGAUGGUCCAUGUUUCUCUGAUUCAAUACACUGCUAUUUCACCCAGA